GAAACACUCAGUUUUCCGCCUCUUUGCCGGAGCAUUGAAAUACAGCUAACAAACAUUAACCUACCAGUCAUUUCAUUCAAACCGAUAAACUUGUCGGAUGUUGUAGAUUGCUGCAAAUGCAAAUGACAACAUCUGAAUGACAAACAUAAAAACAAUAUUAAGCUAAGUGACAUGUCCGUUUCGGAAUCAACGACCCCUCCGGUCGAUACUAGCUCCGUGGCUGGGCUCGGAGCGCCGUUCCCCGUUGGCUAUCAAGCAUUUCAGCCGGAGGAUCAUGGCCUAGAGCGUGGGUUUCGGCUCACGGCCUUCUCCGAUUUGAAAGGAUGAGGUUGUAAGGUCCCUCAGGAGGCUCUGCUCAAACUCCUGCAGGGACUUGAGCCUGAUCGCCCGGCGCCGGUGAUGGGGGAGGACGGGGGCACCGGCACAGGUGGAGGAGACGAGGCCUCGGAAUACGGCCAACUGGCCCCGGUUCCUCACGGCCCCCGGUUAGGUAUUGGAAUGGAUUCGUGUGUGGUCCCGCUCAGGCACGGGGGUCUCUCUCUGGUCCAGACCACAGACUUCUUCUACCCUCUGGUGGAGGAUCCUUACAUGAUGGGGCGCAUCGCCUGUGCGAACGUGCUGAGCGACCUGUACGCCAUGGGCGUCACCGAGUGCGACAACAUGCUGAUGCUGCUGAGCGUCAGUCAGAAGAUGAACGACAAGGAGCGGGAUAAGGUCAUGCCCCUGAUGAUCCAGGGCUUCCGUGACGCCGCGGAGGAGGGCGGGACCUCAGUCACGGGCGGACAGACCGUCAUCAACCCCUGGAUCAUCAUCGGGGGAGUGGCCACGGUCGUGUGCCAGCCCAACGACUUCAUCAUGCCAGACAGUGCGGUCCCAGGGGAUGUGCUUGUGCUCACUAAGCCAUUGGGAACGCAAGUGGCCGUCAACGCCCAUCAGUGGCUGGACAAUCCUGAUAAAUGGAAUAAAAUCAAGCUGGUGGUGUCAAAGGAAGAGGUGGAGCAGGCAUAUCAAGAGGCGAUGCUGAAUAUGGCCACAUUGAACAGGACAGCUGCCGGCCUCAUGCACACCUUCAACGCCCACGCUGCGACCGACAUCACGGGGUUCGGCAUCCUGGGCCACGCCCGCAACCUGGCCCAGCAGCAGCGCAGCGACGUGGCCUUCGUCAUCCACAACCUGCCCAUCCUGGCCAAGAUGACCGCCGUCAGCAAGGCCUGCGGGAGCAUGUUCGGCCUCCUACAGGGCACCUCCUCCGAGACGUCCGGGGGGUUGCUGAUUUGCCUGCCGCGGGAGCAGGCGGCUCGGUUCUGUGCGGAGAUGAAGUCGAGCCGGCUGGGCCUGGGCAUGGGGGCGGGGCCUGAGGCCGGGGCCGGGGAGGGCCAGCAGGCCUGGAUCAUCGGCAUCGUGGAGAAGGGGAACCGCUGCGCCCGAAUCAUCGACAAGCCCCGCAUCAUCGAGGUCCUGCCCCGCGGCUCUGUCAGCGGAGCCCAGGAGGGGAGCAACAACAACGCCAACAGCACGGGGGCCCCCAGUCCUGCCGACACGCAGGGCCCCCCGCUCAACUGAAGCCCCCCCGCUCCCUGACCCUAGCACCUGUGCCCCUGUCCUGCCCCUCUGUCUCAGCCCUGACCCAGUCCUGCCCCUCUCUCCGCCCUGACCCAGUCCUGCCCCUCUGUCUCAGCCCAGUUCUCUUCACCCCAUCCGUUCAUCGCUUCCUCAGCAGGCUCUCUCCUCACUCGUCAGUCUGUUGUCUUUCUCAUCGCUCUCUCCGCUUCACCUGCCCGCUCUUCCGUCUCCUCUCUUACCCCGAGUGUGCGAGUGUGUGCGUUUCCCCUCCUCUGAGCUGUGCAUUUCUCCCCCUAUUCUGCCACAGGGUUGAGAGCAGCAGACCAAAACAUUUUUUUUCUCGGUGGGAGGCAGGACAGAUGCCUAUGUUAGCUCCUGUUCUGUUCUCUCCUGUUCAUCUGCCAUUUCUUCAGCGCUCCUUCUCAUCCUGGCUAGAGCUAAGAUGGCUCUAUUCUGGUCUUUCUGCCGAGAUUUGCACAGUAGCCUUGUGUGUUGCUCUACCAGUUAGUCUUCAGUGUGGCAGGGAACGGCUUAAUGCAGCGCUACUCUGCUCCACGUCCUGCGGGCCGCAGUGUCUGCAGCGCUACUCAACCCCACGUCCUGGGGGCCGCAGUGUCUGCAGCGCUACUCAACCCCACGUCCUGGGGGCCGCAGUGUCUGCAGUGCUACUCAACCCCACGUCCUGGGGGCCGCAGUGUCUGCAGCGCUACUCAACCCCACGUCCUGGGGGCCGCAGUGUCUGCAGGUAUUCGCUCUGACCGUGCGCUACACCACCUGCUUUCACUCAUUAUUUGACCUGCUUGGUUCAGACAGAAAGGUUGUUAAUGAAGUGAAUGCCUGUAGACACUGGCCCGCUGGGCGUGGGGCUGAGUAGCGCUGGCUUCAUGCACGAGUGGGUUUUAUGGUGGUGGGCUGUUCGCUUUUGUACAAGGGAAAUAAACAUUCCAAAAUGUGUCUGCUUUAUGCACAAUUGAUUGAAAACCAAAAACGUUUUUCGAAACAAACGUAACUCGAUAUUUGAGGGAAUCUGGCUAUAAUUGUGUUUAAAAUUGGUGCGACAGUUGGGAUGGGAAAAAAUAAAAUAAAAUAAAAAUCUUGUUAUUCCAACUAUCAGAAUUAUCAGAAAGUUCAGCCAAGAAAUAUUUUAAUAUGACAUGACAGGUAUUUGGCAGACGCUCUUAUCUAGAGCAACAUACAACAAAGUAAUAUCUGGAUGAUCAGCAUAUUUUGAAACAUGAUCUUCCCUACCAGUGUGUCCCUUGCGCGUACAUGUUUUUGUAAUGUUCUUUAAAUGGCUUUAUGGGACUUUGGAACACCCCACUUUAAUGGUGCUUGUAAGUUGAUGUACGGAUAUCUGUUUCAUCUUAGCGGCUCUACCUGGAUGUGUUGCCAUAUGAAAUGGGGUGUUCAAAAUUUAUUUUUAUUUUUAUAUACAAGGUUCCAUAUAGAAUGUUGUGUAUUUUGGGGAGACGGUGACCAUUGCCAAUAACAAAGAGGUGGCUUCUGAAUAAUUGGUGAUAUUGUUGCAAUUGAACUUGUGGAGGGGGGUAUUUAAUGAUGGGUACUGUUAAACCAAUGGACUAUGUGAACAGAAUUGGCCUUUUUUGGUUUGUUUGUUGUUUCCCGCAUUUUGUUCAAUUUCUUUUAAAAAGAUCUUUCAACCGUGAUGUUCCUUGUGGUUUUCUCUUGAUUAAUCAUCCAUAUAAACAAAAUGCUGACAGUUAAACUGGCUCCGCCCUUACGCCCAGAGAGAGGCUUGAGCAGCUCCCUCUGGACCAAUGGGGAGGAUCCAGCGUUCCAGCACUGCCAGCGGAUUGGUCGGAGUGGCACAAAUCUCCUGCUUCCUUCUGUUUAUGAUGCUCUGCCCGCCAAACCCCGGCCAAUGGGGAUGGGUGGAGUUGAUGUCACUGUAAAGAAGGGGGCAGACCCCUGAGUUGUUCUGUCCAAUCGGCUGGCUACUUGGCAUUUAUUUUUUUUUUGUUCAUUUUCCUCCUCAAUCACUGUCAAUAAAAUAUGGGUGUAGAUUCUU